AUGGCAUCAUUUGAUUCAACUAUUGCACUUCUAAUAGCCCACGCCUUAACUGCUAAACAGGCAUGGGGGAUCUUACAAACCACAUAUGCCAACCAAUCUCAUUCUAUAAUUUUUGGCCUAUGCGAAAUUCUUUCCAACCUCAAACAAGAGUCACGCCCUGUCAGUGACUACAUGAAGGAAAUCAAGUCAAUCUCUGAUGAUCUUGCUUCAAGUGGUUCACCAUUGUCCACUGAAGAGUUGGUAAUCAAGGUUCUAAGUGGCCUCGGAUCGGACUUCAAGCAAAUUGCUGCUGCAAUAUGUGCCAGAGGUAAUCCCAUCUCUUUUGAGGAAUUGUUUGACAAGCUGCUUGCACUUGAAGUCUUUGUUAAACACUCUGAAGCAAAGAAUGAAGCACCCCUUGUCACUGCAUGCCCAAUUUCACCAACACUCCAGCAAUAA